GUCAAUUUGGGCUCAUUGUGUGCAUUUUUAUAAUGUAAUUCGAAGCCUUUGAAAUAUGGGUUUCAUUGGAUCUGUCUGGUCAUUGAAGGUCAUGGCGUUUUCAUCACCACGCGCCAGUUCUCUUCUUCUUGGCCAUGGAAGAUGCGCCAGAUUCCUCUGCUCUUCUUCUUCAUCAUUUCCAGACCACAUUAGUUUCAUCAAAGAAGUGGCCGUAACUCGACCUCCUCAGCAUCUUUCACAGCUAUUAAAAAUUCUCAAUACAAGAGGUGAAUCAAUUCUUUCUCCUGGAGCAAAGCAAGGGUUAAUCCCGCUGGUAAUUCCGCUAGCCAAAAGCAGCUCAGGUGCUAUAACUGCAUUGCUCAGGUGGCCAACUGCUCCUGCUGGGAUGGAGAUGCCAGUGGUGGAGGUUCGUAAACAUGGAGUUUGGUUUUUGGCCAAGAAUGUGGACCAGUUCAUACACAGAAUCCUGGUUGAAGAAGAAGCCAAUAGCCGCCAAAAAGGAAGUGAUGAGUUAUUCCAUGCUGCAUCUGAUGCUGGGAAGAAAUUUUAUCAAAAGGGCGACUUUUCUAAAUCAAAGAUUACUGAUUUAGAUGUCUAUCUUUUAAGAAAGGUUGGAUUAUUUCCUGAUGUCCUAGAGCGCAAAGUGAUUCAGCAUUUUGAGAAAGGAGACCAUGUUUCAGCUUUGGUGACUGGAGAAUUCUAUGCAAGGAAAGAGCAUUUUCCAGGAUUUGCACGGCCUUUUGUUUUCAAUGCAGAAGUUUUACUGAAGGUUGGGCGUAAUCCAGAAGCUAAAGAUGCAGCAAGGGGAGCUUUAAAAUCCCCAUGGUGGACUCUGGGUUGCAAUUACCAUGAAGUUGCUUGUAUAGCAGAAUGGGAGGAUGAGCAAAUUGAAUAUAUAACAGAAAAAUUGACAGAAGAGGGAAAGCAAGAAGAUCUAAACAAGGGAAAGCCACCUGUGCAGAUCACAUUGGAUGAAGCUGCCUUUUUGUUGGAUUUAGCUUCUGUGGAAGGGACUUGGGAGGACUCUUUGGAGCAGAUUGCUGAAUGUUACAAGAAGGCUGGACUCCAUGAUAUUGCAAGAUUUGUGCAAUACAGAGACUAAUUGCUGAGCAUAAGAAUUUAGUCUGCGAUUUUUAUAUCUUCAAUUUUGAUGGUAUUUUUUUCCUAUUUAAAAAUCUUAGGGUUUUUCUUUUCUUUUUUUCUUUUUUUUUUGCAAUUACUGCAUAUGGAAAUGGAAAAUUUUGAUUAGGGGAUUCAUUGGCCUCAUGACUAGCAUGAGCAUGUUUUGCAACGGUUGGUCUUAAUCACUAAUAGAGAGGAAGAUAUAUGAUUUGGCCUUUUUCACCUUUUCCUUCCCAUUUCAAUCUGUAAUGCCUAUGUAACUGCUUUUGAACUGAUAAUGUUUAUCUUCCAUCUCUUACG